AGAAAAGUACGGUAGCUGGGUUUUGGCGUCGAGGCUAUUUCAAUAGCACACUAGACUCGUAAGAUGGCGGGCUAGCUUGCUAGCGCCUCCUGCCAGUCGAAGCCAAGACUGGAUAAACUAUCUAUGCAAAGGUUGGUUCUUCCAUAAUCUGAGGCAUCUGUUAUAAUGGCAUCACCUACUCCUUCUCUACCAGAUUCCUCAUUAUUUGGAUCUCCUCAGUUAGGGUCCUUUGGAGACCAAGCACAACCUGAAAACUUGGGCACUGAGUGCAGCCUUUGUCACGAAACAUAUACAGUUCCAAAAGUUCUACCUUGUUUACACACUUUCUGCCAACCUUGUCUUGAAAAGCUACAAGAAAACCACGAUAAAAUCCAGUGUCCCAAGUGUGAACAGGACUGUGCCCUUCCACCUCAAGGUAUAUCUGGACUUCUCUCUGAUUACGCCAUCAGCAACGUGCUUGAAACCUCCGCCUUAGAAGGUUCUCCUCUUUCUUGUACUGGUUGCAAGACAAAAGAUACUCACGCUGUUGCUCGUUGUUUUGAUUGUGCCAAUUAUUUGUGUGGAAAUUGUGUCAUGGCUCAUCAGUAUAUGCAUUGUUUUGAAGGGCAUCAUGUUGUCAAUCUUAAAGAGCAGUCCAACAAAGAUGACUUUAAAACAGAUAAAGUAUUGUGUUGCCCUCGACACAAGACGGAAACACUGAGAUUCUUUUGUAGGACAUGUAAUACACCAAUUUGUAAAGAAUGCACGAAUAAUGAUCAUCCAAAAGGUCUCCAUGAUUAUGACUACAUAUCUGAAGUUGGUCCAAGGCAAGUUGAAAUACUUGGGGAGAUGCUUGAACAGAGCAAAGCCAAAACUAAUGAUUUAAGAAAUGCUGCCAAAUCUGUAGAACACUUUUCAUCACGUCUACAAAUGCAGUAUCAUAAAGCACAAACAAAAAUCGAUGACACUUUUAAUUUUUAUUGUUCUGUAUUGGAAGAACGUAAAGAAGAACUGAAGAAAGAGCUUGACGAUCUGUAUAAUACUAAGAUGGUUUCUUUAACUUUAAUGGGCAAUAAAGUCCAAGAAAUGAUAGAAAAGGGCUCAACAAACGCUCUGUUUGUUGAUCGCAUUAAGAAGAGAUUCUACAGCAAUUCAGAAAUUUUAAUGUUUAAACAGCUUCUUGACUCUAAAUUACAGAGCAUUAUUUCAUAUAAUCCUGAAGUCAAUUUGCAGUCUAUAGAUCUUGAGUUCCUGUCCAAUUACCAGGCCAUCCAAGUUGGUGUUCGGAACACGUUUGGAUAUAUUCGCCAUAAUUCUGAAGAUGUUCCAACUACUAAGGCACAACCAAUUGCAAGGCCAAAUGGUGUGGUUAAUUCUGAUCGUACCUAUCAAAAUGCGCAUGCCUAUGAGUCAAACAUCAUAUCUAAAAGAUUUGGCUCUGCAAAUAGCCUUGGAGCAUUUUCUACAAGUUUGGGUGGUAUGAAAUGGUCCAGUGAAAUGGUGCAGUCUGAAAUGGUCCAGUCCCCAUAUGAUGAAUGGUCCAGUGGAACAGCUGACUUAUUUCAUCUGACUAGUGAACCAGCUGUUGAUUUUUCACCCAAAUUCAUUUCUCCCAGCAUGUAUCCCAUAAGAUCUCAAAUUAAAAGGCAAAAAAUGAUUUAUCAUUGUAAGUUUGGAGACUUUGGUGUUAUGGAAGGACAAUUUACUGAGCCUAGUGGUGUAGCAGUUAAUGCCCAAAAUGAUAUCCUAGUAGCAGAUACAAAUAAUCACAGAAUACAAGUUUUUGAUAAAGUAGGAAGAUUUCAUUUUCAAUUUGGAGAAUGUGGGAAAAGAGAUGGACAGUUGUUAUAUCCCAAUAGAGUUUCUAUUGCGAAAACAUCUGGAGACAUUAUUGUAACAGAGAGAAGCCCUACUCAUCAAAUUCAAAUAUAUAAUCAAUAUGGACAGUUUGUUAGAAAAUUUGGGGAUAAUAUUCUUCAGCAUCCUCGAGGAGUGGCUGUUGACAUUAAUGGUCGAAUUAUUGUCAUUGAGUGUAAGGUCAUGAGAGUGAUAAUCUUUGACCAACUUGGUAAUGUCUUGCAGAAAUUUGGUUGCUCUAAACAUAUAGAGUUUCCAAAUGGAGUUGUAGUGAAUGAUAAGGAAGAAAUAUUUAUUAGUGAUAACCGAACACACUGUGUGAAGGUAUUUAGCUAUGAUGGAGCAUUUCUUCGUCAGAUCGGAGGUGAGGGUCUUACUAACUAUCCCAUUGGUGUCUGUAUUAAUCAGAAUGGUGAAAUUUUAGUAGCUGACAAUCACAACAACUUCAACAUUACAAUAUUCACACAAGAUGGACAGUUAGUAAAUGCUUCUGAAAGUAAAGUUAAGCAUGCCCAAUGCUUUGAUGUUGCUCUAAUGGAUGAUGGCUCAGUUGUCCUUGCUAGCAAGGAUUACCGCUUGUACAUCUAUCGUUAUAUGCAGAUUCCAGGUCUAGGAAUUUAAACUAUGUGGAAAUCAUCUUUUAUGAGUUGUUGUAUUUGAAAUGUUAUACUCAAUUAUUGCCUUUUUGGAACUUUGGCAGCUGUUGCAAAUGAAAAGAGAAAGUAAAUAUGUGAAAGAAGGUUAUUGGAAGGAAAAUAUGUGGCAGGGUUGAUGUUUGAAAAAGCAUUUUCGGUAUUUCGUGCAAGAUAGAACUGUAUCCAUUUAGCUGCUUCAAAUGCAAUUGCUGGAUGUAUUAACAGUUUAUAGAAAGUCUUGGAAUUGGCUUGCAUAGAAAAGAAAGUUGUUUUUUAAACCUGUAUUUGUAAACUGUUGGUGUUAUCUAUAUUCCCCACCCUGAAUUAUUACUGCAAAUGUAGUUUGCAGAAUAAAACGUGAAGAUGGCCAACAGUUUUUAUGUGCACACCUGAAUCCACAUAGCAGCUGUCACUUGUUAGCGAAGGGGCACAUAAUACUCCAAGUAAUUUUUCUAGAAGUGUCCUCUUACUUGACAGGCAUUGUUAUGUUGGAUUUGAGAUUAAAAUAGUUACUUUAAGAUAUACCAUAUUUUUUUGCAGUUGUCAAAUGGUAUUACUGGCCCUAGUCAUAAUAGUCAGCAGCUACUAUUGAAGCUUCUUCCAUUGCUUGUUCCCACAAAUUUUUGUGCUAUGUUGAAAUAUAACAAUGUUUUAACUUAUUUAUUAAUGGUAGAACAUAACUUUUUAAGAAAACUGGUAAAGCCAAAGAUGCAUUGUAAAAAAAAAACUUUUUCCUGUGAUCUCUUUGAAGAUUGGGGCCACUUGUUGAAAACAGUUGUUGAACACUCUGCCAGCCUGAAUUUUCUGCCUUAAUAAAAUGCUUGGACUACAGCAUCUACCUUUGCCUUUGUGACCUGUCUCAUGCACCAGGUCUGUUCUCUUCCAAUACUGUGCAGGCAUUUUUUUCUCCUGUACUGUCAAUUUAGAUGAGCACUUCCAGGUUUUAUGAGUUAUGUUUAACAUGGGUGCCAAUUUCCCUGUUAAUUUUAGUGUUUAUUAAAUUUUGUGUUGACUUAUUUAUAUUCACUCCUCGUUCUUAUUACCUGCCGAACAGAUUUUUAAGUACUCUAAGUGAAAAGUGUUGAAAACCGUUAUAUCAAGAUCUGAUAGUUGUAUCUCGAGUCAUGCAAACUUUUGCUUUGGCGAACUCAGUCUCUGUUGUAUUCCAAAUAUUUGAGCAUUUAACUUUUAACUAGUUAAUUCUGAGCAAUGAAAACAAGUUACCGUUGUGAAUUUGAUAGAAUUAGUUUUGUUUAUUGUUUAAAGUUUGUAUGCUGAGGAUCGCACUGAUUAAUUGAUGGACCAAGUUAAUGGAUAAAACUGAUCCUUUAAAUAGCCAAUGUAUGAAGAUAUUGUAGUGCGGCAUGGUUUGUAUUUGUAAUUUUAGUUGUAAUGUGUCUUGCCUAUACUAUACAAUCAUAUAUUAAAGUCGAUGUUUACUCGUAUGUUACUCUUAACGUGAAAAUAGAAAUUUGUAUUUUUACACUGGUCUUUAUAAUACUGUUUAAGCAUUGGCCAGUAUGCCAGCAAAUGCACCUUUUCUUUUCACCAAAGAUCACUUGUUUUAGCACCAUUAGUAGCAAUAAGUGAGUUAGGAUGUUUGCAAUAAGGUGUUUUAAAUUGUGUAAUUUUUGCACAUUUUGUGUUGGUAUUUAUUAAAAGUGCUUAAUAUAAUGGCAGCAGACUUAAAUUUUUUUUUUACUUAUGGUUGUGUAUUUGGCAGUUGAUUUAUUGUUUGUUGUUUGUUUCCAGCUUUAAGAUUUAAUAUAAUCUAUCAACACUUUACAUGUUUUUAAAGAUUCUACCUCGAUGAGUUAUGCAAUAAUUUGAUUUUAUGCAAUCAUUCCUUUUUUGUUAUCACCUUUUUGGAGGUUCUUUUUUAAUUGCUGGUUUUGCAUGCUUGUUAGUAAUGUUUCAUCUUUGUCUUAUAUUGCUUUAAUAUAAAUGAUCUGAAAUUACUUCGAUACUUUUAUAUUCCCAGUAAUUAUAAUUUUAUUGCGAUGUAUUAA